UUUCAGUUUUAACACCAAUCACCGCCGGCAAAUUUUCGCUCUACUGCACCCCACGCUCCCUUCGCCACGUGUCAUUCACUCCUCAUGGUCCCACCCCCAACGGCCACUCUACCUUCCUAAACGCUUUACGAAUUAACCUGCCCUCAGUUCUCUCUCACAUCGUCGCCGACAAAAUCUAAUCCGGCGAUACAGAAAACGUAUAUGUAUAUUUAUAUCUAAUUUAUUUUCAGAAUUCCCAUUUUUCUUUCUUUUUUGCGGUUACAGAUAUUGCGUUAAUUAAUAUUUAUUGCCGUUUCAAUCAGCUUCGCGAUCUGCGUUAUUACUUUUUAAAGUGUACAGAGAUUUGGUAAUGCUUGAUUGAGUAAUUUAUCGACCAUCAUCAACAAUUUUGAGAGAGUUUAGGUGAUCGAUAGUUUGCGAUGUCUGGACCAUUGGAUCGAUUUGCGAGGCCUUGCUUUGAGGGCUCAUCAGGUAAUGAUGAGCGGAGAGAAAGAAAAUCUGACUUUGAGAAUUCCGAGGAUGAAAGAAGGACAAAAAUUGGUACCCUGAAAAAGAAAGCACUGAAUGCCUCCUCAAAGUUUAAACAUUCUCUGAAGAAGAAGAAGAAAAGUAGAAGCAAGAACGAUGGUCGAGUCAGCUCUGUUUCGAUUGAGGAUAUCCGAGAUGCUGAGGAACUAAAAUCUGUUGACGCAUUCCGACAAGCCUUACUGUUGGAUGAAUUAUUACCAGCAAAACAUGAUGACUACCAUACGAUGUUGAGGUUUCUGAGAGCAAGGAAGUUUGAUAUUGAGAAAGCCAAGCAGAUGUGGGCUGAUAUGAUUCAAUGGAGGAAAGAUUUUGGUGCCGACACAAUUAUGGAAGAUUUUGAAUUUAAAGAGUUGAAUGAAGUUUUGAAGUACUAUCCACAUGGUUAUCAUGGAGUUGACAAGGAGGGUAGGCCAGUGUACUUUGAGAGAUUGGGGAAAGUUGAUCCAAAUAAACUUAUGCAAGUUACGACCUUGGACCGUUAUAUAAAAUACCACGUGAGAGAGUUUGAGAAAUGCUUUGCAAUUAAGUUUCCUGCUUGUACUGUUGCUGCCAAAAGGCACAUUGAUUCAAGCACAACAAUUUUGGACGUUCAUGGUGUGGGUUUGAAAAACUUUACUAAGAGUGCGCGUGAACUCAUUAUGCGGCUUCAAAAUAUUGAUGGCAAUAAUUAUCCUGAAACGCUCCAUCAAAUGUUUAUCAUUAAUGCUGGUCCAGGCUUUAAACUACUGUGGAAUACUGUAAAGAGCUUUUUAGAUCCAAGAACCACAACGAAAAUUCAUGUUCUUGGAAACAAAUACCAGAACAAGUUGCUUGAAAUAAUAGAUUCCAGUGAGUUGCCAGAAUUCUUGGGAGGAAUGUGUACCUGUGCAGAUCAAGGGGGUUGCAUGCACUCUGAUAAAGGACCAUGGAAGAAUCCAGAGAUUCUAAAGAUGGUACUCAAUUGUGAAACACUACGUGCCAGGCAGGUUGUUAAAGUUCUCAACAGUGAGGGGAAGGUCGUCUAUGCUAAACCACACUACCCAAUGGUUAAAGGCAGUGAUACUUCUGCUGAGUCUGGUUCUGAAGCUGAAGAUAUUGCUUCACCAAAGGCCAUCCGGAGUUAUUCUCAUCUUCGGUUGACUCCUGUUCAUGAGGAGGCUAAGGCCAGUGGAACGCCAACCUAUUAUGGUAACUUUUCAGGAAGUGAUGAAUACGUUCCCAUGGUUGACAAGGCUGUUGAUUCUGGAUGGAAGAAGCAAGCAUCCUUUCAGAAGUCUAGUAUUACAAAAGAGACAUUUCCCGCACCUGAUUCUCAAAAUGCUUCAGAAGGACUGCAUGCUCGGAUUUUGGCUGCUCUUAUGGCCUUCUUCAUGACCCUUUUCAUGCUCUUCCGCUCAGUAUCGUGCUAUCUAACCAAGAAGGUUCCUGAAGUAUCAUCACAUCAACAAUCAACCAUUACGGAAAUUGCCUUUGACACGAGCCCAAAGGAGGAAUUUCGACCGCCAUCUCCAACACCAGCAUUUUCAGAGGGAGAAAUGCUCGCUUCUGUAAUGAAUAGGUUGUGCAAACUUGAGGAGAAGGUUAAUACUCUUCAAACAAAGCCAUUUGUAAUGCCCUGUGAGAAAGAAGAACUGCUGCAUGCUGCUGUUUGUCGAGUGGAAGCCCUAGAAGCAGAGUUAAUUGCAACAAAAAAGGCUCUGUACGAGGCUUUGAUUAAGCAAGAGGAGCUGCUUGCUUAUAUAGACGGUCAACAAGAAGCCAGACUUCGGAAAAAGAAGUUUUGCUGGUAAGGUGUGAAGUAUGGAGGUUCGACGUUCCAGGAUGUGUUUGGCUGUGUUGACGUAUAAUAAAUAUCCACUAUCAUACCGCGGCUGUGUGAAUUUCAUUGAUGUUGGAUUUCUAUCCUGUUUUGAGAAAGUGAAUUGAGCUUGUUAUAAGUUACAAAUUACAGUUGUUUCUGAAAUUACUGAAAGGAUUUUUAUAAGUGAGAUUGAACUCUCCCUCUCCCCAACAGACUUUUAUGGCGUGUUUCCUGAGAUAAACUGACUGCCAUCCAUGAAUUAUGAACAUAUACAUCCCUUUGUUUAA